UGCUUGCUGCUAUCUUCCUCUCCGUUUUCACCCCCAUCUCUCCUUUUCGGCGCUGCCUCGCCCUGCCUUCCAGCACCCAGGCCGUCGCCGCGAUGACCUCGUACUUCUCUGACACCGAGGACGAGUCCUCCCUCCCGCUGCUCGUCGAUGAGGCCACCAAGCGCCCCCAUCACCCCCAUCACCCCAGGCAUCCCAAGCAUCCCAAGCAUCCCGACCAUCCCCGCCGCCGUCGCCGCGUCCUGUGGCUGCUGCUCGGCUUUCUUCUUUUGGCCGGCUUUGCCUUUGCGAUCGUGAUCAUCGCCCAUUGGCUGUUUGCUGUUCAUCACGGCUCCAUCCACAUCGUUUGCCCGUUCCCCGCUCCCGAGGCCACAACCCCGGUCUACGUGGAGACCCGCCAGCGUCUGCUGUCUGUCUUUCGCGAGUCGGUCCCCGACUUCUCCAACGACACCGUCGUUCUUGUCCCAACCUCGCCCCGUUCGUACCGCAUCGCCGGUGAUGUCGAGUCGGGCCUUUGGAGACAGGCCUCCAAUGUCAUCUACGUCGCGGGUCUGUUCACUUAUGAGCCCGCGGUUCUUGCUCUCCGUGUAUCCGAGACCAUCCCCGACUCUCUCGAUGUGGAUGUCUUCCGCCCCAGCCUGACCCCGAGAGAGAUCAUCUUCUCGGGCCCGCCUCCCUCGGCCGAGACUCUCGCCUCCGAGAACGGCAUCUCGGGCGUCUAUGACUACUCCGACUUUGACCGUGUCUACGAAGGCAAGACCGUGCUGUCCUCUGCUGCUGUCGAGUUCCUUCCUCGCGAGCUUCGCGACAGCGCAAAGUACUCUGCCGAGGCCCAGGAAUCCUUUAUUGAAUCUCGCUUCGUCAAGACCCCUCUGGAGCUGGAGUACUUGUCCUUUGCUAGCAAGGUCUCUGCUUGGGCUCACUACCAGGUCGCCCGCAAGAUCAAGUACAGCCGCUCCGUGUCCGAAAUCGGUCUGGCUUCCCUCUUCACCCAUGUCACGGCCGCCUGUGGCGCUCGUUUGCAAGCCUAUCCUCCCAUUGUUGGUGCUGGCCCCAACUCUGCCAUUCUGCACUACCGCACCGGCGACAAUGAGACCUCCGGCUACGCCCACAUCGAGCCCAACUCGUAUGUCCUGAUCGAUGCUGCCGGCGAAUAUCACGGAUACGCCAGCGACAUCACCCGUACCUACAUUCGCCCGAACCCUCACUGGUGGUCCCGUCAUCGCCGCGACCGCGACGACGAGCCCGAGGAGUACAUGGCCUCAAGCAACAGGGGCGACCGCUAUCGCCGCAACGAUGACGACGCCGACAACGACGACGAUGGCGACAGCGACGACGACGAUUCUCGUCGUCCUCAUCGUCCUCAUCACCCGCAUCACCCGCACCACCCGCAUCACUGGCCUCAUCGUCCUCACCCCCACCCCCACCCCCACCCCCACCCUCACCCUCACCCUCACCCUCGUCCUCACCCUCGUCCUCACCCCAAGCCCACUCCCAUCGACGAAGAAAAGGUCAAGAUUCAGGAUAUCGUUGCCAAGGUCCAGCAGUCCUUUAUCGACUCUUUCGAGGUCGGCGCCUCUUUGGCCGAUCUGAAUCGCAAGGCCGCCCGGGUUAUGAUUGAGUCGCUGCUCGACGCUGGUUUUGUCCACGGUGCCGACGUUGACACGCUCUUGUAUAAGGGUGUUGGCUAUGCCUUCCAGCCCCAUGGUCUCGGGCAUCCUGUUGGCCUCGAUGUUCACGAUCCUGUGCCCAAGCGCUACUCGUCUCAGUUUUUGACCCUGGAUCUGCCCCCGGUUCCCAAGCUCAUCCAGCCCUUCAUCCGCGACAUCCGCACCCUCGCUGUCGACUACACCAUUGCUCCCGGCCACAUCGUCACGGUCGAGCCCGGUGUCUACUUUAUCCCCUAUCUCCUUGAUCUGAUCAAGAACGACAAAUCCGAGGCUUCGAUUGCUCAGUACAUCAACUGGGACAAGCUCGAGAGCGGUAACUACACCAGCUACGGCGGUGUCCGAACCGAGGACAUUGUUCUGAUCAACCCCGAGGGCGAGAAGGUCAUUGUCUCGCGCCUGAACCCCCACCACAAGCGCAAGCAUUGGUUUUGAGUGGUUCUAUCUCUGUCCUCGCUCUCACAGCCGCUCGCUCACUGAGCCUCGCUGAGCGAGAAAUUCGACCGCCUCCUUGGAGUUGGGGUUUCUUGACUGUUUACAGCGUUUCCAGAAUGAAGUGGGACACCCCGUUUUUAACCAGGACAGUGUUUUUUUUCUGGAACCUGAAUACACCCACCCACUCAUC